UGCACAGACAGAGACAGGAGGUGAAUUAGUUUGCUGCAAGGCGACUCAGUGAACGCUGUGAUCAAGACGGAGAGGAGUACAGGAAAUAAAGGGAAAGUGACAGAGAGUGACACGCCCAUCACCAUAAACGCAAAGGAGAACCAUGCAAAUAUUUUUCCUUUUUUCCAUUCAUGUUUGACCCACAAAUUUUCCUGUUGAAUUAUUCUGGAUCUGAGUGGAUCACACGACUACAAGAGAGGUUGAUUACUUCUCCCAGCUCGUUACUACGUCUUGUAUCGUACAUGUCUUUAAAAAUGAUGUAAAGUGCUACAAUCAGUCUGUUUACAUUCACAGGGGAUUUUAGACACUCUGUUUAUGUGGAUGCUUGGAUUGUCAAACUUUGCGCUCAUUUUUCUUUCACCACCUCGGCUCAUCAUCUAUUUGGGAGAGUCAUGGACUUCUUACGUUGAAUCAUUGGAAUAAAUAAGGUUCCAACUGGUUUGUUUAAAUGAGACCGGGAGCAUUUUGAUGGCAACUCCCACCAACCAUGUGGGCAGCUAGAUAAGGACAGACUGCUUUCUUGAGAGUAUGUUCUCCCGGAAUCGCUUCAACGGACAACAUGGAGCAGGUGUUUCUCCAAAAGGAGGCACAAAAGCAAAAGUCAGUCCUCCCAGAAAGAGGUCUUCAAACCCAAGGGUAGCACUAGUGAUAAGAGGUAAAAUACACCGUCUAUUGCAAGGGUCUGCAGACCAUCAUGUCCCUGAGUCCCACCACUGUUAUGCAGGUAUUGAGGAUGAGGAGGAGGAGGAGGCAAAAAUAGAGGAGGACAGAAAGGACCACAGACGGAUAUAUGAAAAAGUCAGUCCUAGAGUUGGAGCCUACUCUCCAAAAGUAUCAAAUGGUAAAGAACAUAGAGUGGCAUCAGCACCACCAUGUGUUGGAGAGGUGGAGCUGAAUAGAGAAGGAUGUAUAAGAAUACCCUGCACUUUGCAGCAUAAAAGUCGCAGAGCCCCAGGAAACAGGAAACGGAUCUCAUUUGAGGGUGAAAUUCCAGCAAGUCCUGAGCAGAUGAGACGACCCUUGCACUACAGUCGAAGUGGCCCAGAUAUGAAUGGUACAAGAUUUGCAGAAGCAGCCGGUAGUGAUUAUGCUUCACCACAAAUUCGACCAAAGAGACCAUAUUCUACUGGUGACUGUGUGGACUACAAUUUCAACAGAGCUCUCCCAGGUACACUUCUAGAAGAGGAUGAAGACAAAGAAGAGGGGUCAAGUGCCAUCAUUGACCACAUUUUAAAAGAGUUGAGGGGGAUCAAUAAGAUCCAGGAGGAAAUCUCUGACCUCAGGGAUUACUUAACCUCAGUUCGAGGAUCAGUUGAGGAAGUAUCAUCCUGUGUAGAUGCUGUAUUGUUGGAAAUAGAGGGUAUUCGUUCCAACAAGGCUGGCUCAGGGGUACAUGCAGAUACCUGGUCAGGGGCAGGGUGCAAAGAUGGAUCAUCCUCUCCUAGAAGACCUGUUAGUGCCUAUGGCAGUUUAGGGAGUGCAAUACCAAAGUCUGAUGCUAGUUUUUGCCCCCAAGUCUGCAAGGAGCGCCAUAGCAUCCAUGGAGAAUUACUGCUACCAAGGGCUGAAGAAUCUGCUGUUUCUCCAAUUGCUGAAUCAGUGGAUAAUCAGGAACUGGAUGAACCCGAGGAUACUUCUGAGCACAGCUCAGAUAUCCCAGUAAGUACUUUGGCAGCAAACCUCAGUUUUGGCUACCUUGAAAGACGGGACGGCAAUGACUGUCAAAGCACCAGCUCCUUGUCUUCAGGUCAUAGUUCAAAGUCUGAGUCAGAUUUAGAUAGACCAUUACCGAGUAAUGAGAGAAAACAGCAAAAAAGACCUGUUGAAAGGGAGGAACAUUGGACAAAAAGUGGACCGCCGCACAGUGCCACAGAGGAAUCUGUCUGGCAUAGGGAAGCUUAUCUCAGGGAUAGACAUCUUGGAGGUCAUGAACAUCAGAACCCUCCCUGUUGUGAAGGAGCUGGUAGCUGGGAUCAGUACAGUCGAUUGAGAGGAUAUGGGAAAUCAGGGAAAAGCUCAACAGGAAGCUCAGAACACCCCUCUGUUCGCUCGAGUAAACAUUACAACUCACCCGCCAGCACUUCCAGCAGGGAAGAGUGGCAGCCGCGGCGACGAAGGUCUCAAACCCAGUCUGGGAUUCAUGUUCCUACAGACACCAACCUUAAAAAACACAUUUCAGGAUAUGAGUGUGCUGCUGAUUUUUCCUACCCCCAAAGUUCUGGUUACCAUUCAGUUGAUGGACAUGAUGGAGAAGCAGAUGGUUUUAACUAUAAGCAAUCAAAUAAUCUAAGCUUCACAACAGAAUGUCAAGAUGAUCAGGAGAUGUAUUUAGCUUUUGAGGAGUCUUCAGGAGUCACAUGGGCUGAUUCAUACGUAUGUACCACUGUAGAUGGUGUGAAUGUGCCAUUCAUUCAAGAGUCUGAAACUGAAAACUGGCUCCCUCCCCCUGGCAGUACAGAUUUACAAGCUGGUGGUCUCACUGCCAAGCGCAUAGGCCGAGCUGUACUUGAUUUUAGUUCUGCCUUGCGGGGUGCCCUCCGGAAAAUUGAUGUACCUGGAGCUCAGAAUCUUGAGGAUGAAACAGACUUUGAAUUAUCAAUGCCCUCUGAACUACCUGCAGCUUGGUUGCCCACAAAGCCUUCUACCUAUGAGUUUGAUCAAAUACCUAAUGAGCAAACAUCCGGCAAACCCCAAAAAGGUCAUGUGGUUGAUAUUAGUCAUGCUGCUGGGGGAUUGAGCAGAAACAAUACUCUAGACAAAACAGAUAAUUUCUCCAUGGCUCUCGUUUUUGAAGAAGCCCCCAAUGGCCUUAACUUAGAGUCUAUGGAUACCUCCAAACACCCUCCCCAAUGCUUCGAAGAAACAGUCUGUAUUGACCCAUAUUCCGCUAGUGCUGCAGCAAUGGCUCCACCGGAUGGUCUUGCAGAACAACUUGCAGAAGGUCCUGCUGAAGGUCGAGCAGAUGGUCCUGCAGAUCUGAGUGGAAAAGCCCAGAUUUCACAAUGUACCACUGCAGAUUCACUCUCAUACUCCCUCUCAGAUGAUAUACCUAGAGCACCAGAAGAACAGGGAGAAAUUAAGGUGCCCACAGCAAAGCAGGUAGCUGUGGCCUCAGAGGAAAAAGUAGAUGAAGAUUCCGUAGAGCCGCCUGUGGAGUUAAGUCAAAUAGAUGAACGCAGGCUUAAGUGCCUGAGGAGCUUCCAGCAAAUUCUGAGGGAGAAGAGGGAAACCAGGCGCAACCUGACCAGUAUGACCAUGUCCACCUUCUCUCAGGAAUACUUUGGAACAGAUGGAAGCCAAGAAGGAGAUCAGGUCAGAGAUCAAGAUGGUGACCUCAGCAAGCACCCAUGGGCCAAGCCAGGGGGAAAUACACCAUUUGGCAUUGACAGUAUGCCAGACCUCCGCAAGAGGAGGCCCAUUCCCCUUGUCAGUGAACUGGCUAUGUCUAUGAUACAGUCCAGGAAAGCUGGACUCGCCCACACACUGGCCACACGGACCUCGCUGAAAGAUGAAGAGCUUAAAAACCAUGUGUACAAAAAGUCCCUUCAGGCUCUGAUCUACCCCAUCUCCUGCACCACACCCCACAACUUUGAGGUCUGGACGGCCACCACACCAACCUACUGCUAUGAGUGUGAGGGUUUGCUGUGGGGAAUUGCUCGGCAGGGCAUGCGCUGUGCUGAGUGCGGGGUCAAAGUGCACGAGAAAUGCCAAGAGCUGCUGAAUGCUGACUGCCUCCAGAGAGCAGCUGAGAAGAGCUCCAAGACAGGUGCUGAAGACCGAACGCAGCACAUCAUCAUGGCCAUGAAGGACAGGAUGAAGAUCCGUGAGAGGAACAAGCCGGAGAUCUUCGAGGAGAUCCGGAAGGUGUUUGACAUCUCCAAGAUGAUCCACGCCCAGCACAUGAAGUUCAUCAAGCAGAACGUCCUGGAUGGCACCUCCAAGUGGUCAGCCAAGAUCACCAUCAAUGUCGUCAGUGCACAGGGUCUUCAGGCCAAGGACAGGACAGGCUCCAGUGACCCAUAUGUCACCAUCCAAGUUGGCAAAACCAAGAAGAGAACAAAGACCAUCUAUGGCAACCUCAACCCAGUUUGGGAGGAGAAGUUUAGCUUCGAGUGCCACAACUCAUCAGACCGCAUCAAGCUGCGCGUUUGGGACGAGGACGAUGACAUCAAGUCACGAGUGAAGCAGCGGCUGAAGAGGGAGUCUGACGACUUCUUGGGUCAGAGCAUCAUCGAGGUCCGAACGCUGAGCGGAGAGAUGGACGUCUGGUACAACCUGGAGAAGAGAACAGACAAGUCUGCAGUGUCUGGGGCAAUUCGUCUUCAGAUCAGUGUGGAAAUCGAGGGAGAGGAAAAAGUGGCACCAUACCAUGUUCAGUACACAUGCCUUCAUGAGAAUAUGUUCCACUACUUCACGGAUGUAGAAGGAGGCGGUGCGGUGAAGAUCCCAGGGGCUCAGGGAGACGACGCGUGGAAGGUUUACUUUGACGAAGUGCAGCAGGAAAUCGUGGAUGAAUUUGCCAUGCGCUACGGCAUCGAGUCCAUAUACCAGGCCAUGACCCAUUUCUCCUGCCUGUCCUCCAAGUACAUGCUGUCAGGGGUUCCAGCAGUGAUGAGUACCCUGCUGGCUAACAUCAAUGCCUUCUAUGCCCACCCCACUGCCUCCACCAAUGUCUCUGCUCCAGCCAGAUUUGCCGCCUCCAACUUUGGGAGAGAUCGUUUUGUGAAGCUUCUGGAUCAACUUCAUAACUCCCUGCGUAUAGACCUCUCCAUGUACAGAAAUAAUUUCCCAGCCAGCAGCAAGGAUCGCCUCCAUGACCUGAAGUCAACAGUGGAUCUUCUCACAAGCAUCACCUUCUUCAGAAUGAAGGUCUUGGAGCUGCAGAGUCCUCCCAGGGCAGCGAAUGUGGUGCGAGAUUGCGUGAAAGCUUGCCUGAACUCCACCUACGAGUAUAUCUUCAACAACUGUCUGGAGCUCUUCAGCCGUCAGUUCCAGACUGAAGAGGAGAAGAAAGAGGAGAGCCAGCCAGAAGAGCAGGGACCAAGUAUUCAGAAUCUGGAGUUCUGGCCCAAACUCAUCACACUCAUCGUCUCCAUCAUUGAAGAGGACAAAAACGCAUACACGGCCAUCAUUAACCAGUUUCCUCAGGAACUCAAUGUUGGUAAAGUCAGCGCUGAGGUCAUGUGGAUGCUGUUCGCUCAGGACAUGAAGUACGCUCUGGAGGAACAUGAGAAACAUAAGCUCUGCAAGACUGCGGACUACAUGAAUCUGCACUUCAAGGUCAAGUGGCUUUACAACGAGUAUGUGAAGGACCUGCCUGCCUUCACAGACACUGUGCCUGAGUACCCAGCGUGGUUCCUCCAGUUUGUCCUGGCCUGGCUGGGUGAGAACGAGGACGUGUCGAUGGAGUUCAUGCAUGGAGCACUGGAGCGAGACAAGAGAGAAGGGUUCCAGCAGACAUCUGAGCACGCUCUCUUCUCCAGCUCGGUGGUGGACAUCUUCACGCAGCUCAACCAGAGCUUUGAGAUCAUCAAGAAACUAGACUGUCCUGACCCCACAGUGGUGGCCCAGUAUAACAGACGCUUUGCCAAGACGAUCACCAAAGUGCUGCUGCAGUACUGUGCCCUGCUGUCCAAGAGCUUCCCCUCCUACUGCGAGAAGGAGAAGAUACCGUGCGUGCUGAUGAACAACAUCCAGCAGAUGAGGGUUCUUUUGGAGAAGAUGUUUGAGUCAAUGGGAGCAAAACAGAUGGAUACAGAGGCAGCUAACAUCCUCAAUGAGCUACAAGUAAAGCUGAACACUGUCCUGGACAACUUCAGCACCAUUUUCGCCAAGAGUUUCCAGGCUCAUAUCAUUGGCUGCAUGCGUCAGGUGGCUGAGAUCCUCUACCAAAUCAAAGGUCCUCCCAAGCAUGACUCUGCAGAAGCAGAUGCUGACGUCAUGCUGAGACCUCUCAUGGAGUUCUUGGAUGGAAACCUCAGUAUCUUUGCUGACAUCUGUGAGAAGACGGUGUUGAAGAGGAUCCUGAAAGAUCUGUGGAAAAUUGUUCUCAGCAGCCUCGAGAAAACCAUCAUCCUGCCCCAAAGUAACGACAGCCUGGGAGCCCAACUCCUCACCGCAGCUAAAGGACUUUCCAAUCUCAAGGGAGGAGGUGAAGCCAAAACCUUGACACCCAAACAGUGCAUAAUUAUCGACGCCGGGCUCGAGACCAUCAAGCAAUAUUUCCACGCAGGAGGAAACGGGCUGAAGAAGGCAUUUGUCGAGAAAAGUCCUGAGCUGGCAUCACUGCGUUACGCUCUCUCACUCUACUCCCAGAGCACAGACGCUCUCAUCAAGACCUUUGUCACCACACAACGCUCCCAAGUGCAUAACGGAAUGGGCAUCAGAAUCACUGGCAAUGAAAAGAUUCGACCUGAUCGGGGUUCAGGGGUUGAGAAGCCAAUUGGAGAGGGAGUCCUACAGAUCGACAUGAUGUCUGGGAAAGAACGCAAGGUCAACAUCAGAGUCAUUGCAGUGAACGACAUUAAGUGGCAGACGUCAGGUAUGUUCCGGCCUUUUGUUGAAGUCUCCAUGGUCGGGCCCUUCCUGUCUGACAAGAAGCGCAAGUUCACCACAAAAUCGAAGAACAACAGCUGGACGGCAAAGUUCAACGAGUCUUUCCAGUUCAUCCUAGGUAAGGAAUCCACUGACUGUUAUGAACUCCAGGUGACCGUGAAGGACUACUGCUUUGGCCGGGCGGACCGGGUUGUCGGCAUGGCUGUGAUCCAGCUGCGUGAUGUCGCUGACCGCAAGACCUGCGUGUGCUGGUGUCCACUAGGACAGCGCAUUUACACCGACGAGACAGGCAUGACAGUGAUGCGUAUCCUGUCCCAGAGACCCACUGAUGAGGUGGCUAAGGAGUUUGUCAAGCUCAAAUCUGAAAUUCGUCCAGUGGAGGAGGGAAGAUGAGGACAGGCACUGACUCAGGAUCAGAAUUGAUUAGUAGAAAUAUGGAAAACUGACAUGGAUCAAGUUUUCAAUUUGGAGUUAUGGCUAAUAUUCAUUUACAACUUUGUUAAUGAGAAGCGUCAUCUUCAUCAAACAAUAUGGAGGAGGAACAUGCAGUUGAUAUACAGUAGACAGAGAUUAUCUCUCAAUAUUGUUCAGAGAAGGAUGUACAAUGGAAAUAUGCACUAAAAGAAUAGGUAUAAGGAACAUGUGGGUUUAAAUCAUCAACUCCGAAACAUCUUUCUUUUGGUUUAUCUGAGAGAAACUGAAAAUAACCAGUUAAAGCUGGAUAAAUCUUAACAAAUCCGUGACCUGUUGAACAUCAUGGAUUUGCAUCUUAGUGGAACAGUAUGAAGAUAAUUAUGUGGCAUUAGUUCCCUCUGAAUGAGUAACUAUCUUAUGAGAUGGGAGUGAGUUGGACGAGAUAAUCCCAGAUUCUUUUAGCAUGUGAGCCUUUGAGUUUCAUGAGUCUUUGGAUACAAGUCAUCAAACUAAUGUCACAAAAAAGCAUAAACAAAAAGUAUACUUGGUAUGUAUGAGUUGUUGCGAAGAGCUAUAUCUUGUAACAAACUUAACGCUGCUGUCAGCAGUGUCAUCCCUCCUCCCUACGUCACCUCAUGAAUGUGCUUUUUUAUUGUUUUUAUUAUUUUAUUGACCAGCAAACAACCUACCCUCACAAGCAGAGAUGACCAUCACUGGUGGCUCCUGAAUGGAUAAAGUUACGUGGGAUACUUGAUCAUUUUUUCCAAUAUUGAAUUGUAGAAUUGGAGGCAACAUCUCUUUGACUUGAAGGAACACAAACAAACAAAUAAAAUAUUACUGUGAUAUUCAAACUAGCGCAACAUGCACUAGUUUGCCAAACCAUCAUUUGAUCGAAGGAUACUGACACCUCUAGCACCAAAUGCAUUGGGACCAUUGUUCUCAAACUGUGGUAAGUGUACCACCAGUGGUACCUGAGCUUCCUCUGAUGGUACCAGGGUAUGUGAUCAGAGUGGAGCUGAGGUAUUGACUGGAGUGCGUAGAAAAUCAAACAAAUAACAAAACAUAUUUAGAAAUGAAUUAAUAAUAAUUAGAGCCAUCUUAUCUUUUGAUCCAUCUUAAUCUAAUUUGACUAUACCAGUGUGCUAAUUAUGUGAAGAAGAGGAGGAUGAUGAGAGACCAAAUGAUGAAGUUCCUCUGCUCACCCCUCCCUUACCUGUGGCCCGGGAACUACGGUGGCCUUCGCAUAUCAGAAGGAUGUCGUUUGUCUUUGUUUGAGUAACUAGCUAUGAAAUGAUGAUGAUUUUUAUUUUAACAGGAUUAUACUCCAAGACAAAUUUGAUUUCUGCCAAUAAACCCUCCUAAAUGUUACACACUUACACACGUACUGCAAAGUACACAAGUACAGUAAAACAGAUUAUGAUGCACUGAGCCAGGAAGAUGAAGCAUGUUUGGAUAAUGUGUGUCACCAUUAAAUGCUGAUAACCUUUUUUCUCAAAAUGAAUAUACACAGUGAAUAUCUGUGUCUUGUUUAUAAAAAAUUUAGAAAAGGAAGAAAACAUGACGUACUGCAUGGAAUGUGUUGUUCGAUGAAUUACAUAGCCUUAAAAAGGCUAGCUAGGUAAUAUAGCUAAGUCAUUGUACUUAAAGAAUUAUAGUGAAUUCCCCUUUGCCUCAGGAAGUCAGAACUUGGAAUGACAUCAUACCCAUGUUUAGUUAAUCCAGUUUCCACUGAAACCUGACUGGCAUGUACAAGGUUCGCUAACUGGCAAGCUAACUUAGUCUUUUGAUUAACACAAUACAUACUGUUAAAAACAACACUGCAGCAUCAUGUACAAAGACUCCAGUGAGAGUAAGCUAAUGUACAUGAUUUAUAAUUGGACACAAAAAAACACAAAAUACAGCUAAAAAUGACAACUUUUCACUGAUGUUGAGAACAGCCAUUUUAAAUUGUGAAUUUGGGGCAUGAGUAACUUCUUACUGGGAGAUUGAAACCUCUGAGAACAACUGGAACACACUAUUGAGGCUUGAAAUCUUCUUUCAUGUGUUUGUUUCAACAAUGAUUGUGUCCAAAUAACUUAGCCCCUAAAUGUGAAUUGAUUUUUCAAGUAAAAAAGGCUGUGGGAUUGUUGUUUUUUUUCAAAAGCAAAGGAUUGUGGGUAUAGUAGUUUAAAGUGUAUGACGGACCACUGGACUGUGGUGUGUUGAUUGAAAUGCAGCUUCUCCACACUGUGAGAAGUCAUAGGUUUUAAAUUUAGCUCAUGUUUUUGCCAAGUGUUUAACUGUGACUGUGAGGACAGUGAACCUGUUCUGAAUGCAAACAACCAAAAGCUGGAAACCUGGUUUUCAGGGUUAAAUAGUGCAAACACUCUCAUGGAGGACUUAAUGUGGAUACUUUACAGUUUUUUUAAAAAGAAAAAAUUAUGAAAAGUGAUUGAGAUAUCACAGCCUUGCAAUGCAUGCAUCACAUGUUUUUCAGCAGGCACACUAUGAACACUACACAGGCAGAUUUGACCUAAGUGUAACCGGGUUGAUCCACACUGUUUACAACGUGCCAAGAAACGUAAUUGUUCAGCAAGCCGUGUUUGAAUAGCUCUCUUAAUGAUUUCUGUCUUGUUUGCAGAUACAGAUGCGACCACUGUAGAUUAUAUAACUUUCUGCUGCACUUAAGGUUAAAAAUUUAAAAGAAAUUAAUUUGGUGAUCUUUGGUUUAGAUCAGAUAGUAUGGGCAGUAACGUAGAGUAUUUGGUUGUGUCAUAUUAUAAUGAAUAAAUGUUUGUCCACAAGUGCAUGAAAGGAGACAUUUGACAGUGGCCAUAGCUGUAGUGACAACUGAGCUCUUGCACUUUGUGUAAAAACUGUAAGUCUGUAAAAAAAGAAAAAAACAAACUCAGAAGCCUAUGAACAGAGCAUGUAUUUAUUGUAUACAAUCAACUUCAGCUAGAAUUGUGUUCUUUUUCAUGUAUGUACUGUGAAAUAUGAAGAUUGAUCAAAUGUAUGUAAAGUACUCAAUAUUCUAAUGUGACAUAUGUUGAAUAUACUUGUAACAAUAUUUUGUAUAUAAAAUAUUUAUGAAUCAAGGC